UCAAGCAGCUCCAGUAGAAAGCAAAGCUUCUACGAGAGAGAUUAACAUCGACGAUAAUGAACCAGGCAGUGCAGAAGAACACUCUGUAUGUCGGUGGAUUGGCAGAGGAGGUAAACGAGGGAAUACUGCACGCAGCAUUCAUACCCUUUGGAGAUAUUAAGGAUGUGAAGACUCCAUUGGAUAUGGCUACCCAAAAGCACCGUUCUUUCGGCUUUGUAACCUUCCUUGAGAGAGAGGAUGCAUCCGCCGCCAUGGAUAAUAUGGAUGGGGCUGAGCUUUAUGGUCGUGUCCUUACUGUAAACUAUGCUCUCCCUGAGAAAAUCAAGGGUGGUGAACAGGGUUGGGCCGCUCAGCCUAUUUGGGCGGAUGCUGACACAUGGUUCGAUAGACAACAGCAAGAAGAGGAAAUGAAGCGCCUUCAGGAAGAGCAGAGGGCUGCAAUGCAGGCUGCAGAGGAAUUACAUAGGAAAAAGAUGGCCGAAGAGAGGGAUGGGGAGAAGGAUGAAGAAACAAAUAAGCAAGACGACCCUAUGGCAAUGGCUGAAGCCGAGGUUUUAAAACAAAAUGCUAGUUCUUAGUCAUUCUGAUGAUUUAGCAGUCUUUUUUCAGACUUGUGUGGCGUAUUUUAGGAACCCAGUUUGGUUAAACAAUUCUACUGCGUUGAUAAGUAAUUUGCUCUUUUUCUUACUUGACUUGUAUCUUAUUGUCUUGACACAGUUUUAGCUGUCCUUAUGCUACUAACUUUACCUUCCAUAAUUCGGUAUGGAGAGUUGCUGCCUCAAUCUCAAUCAGCAUAAAUGAUUGAACCCGACUGAUUUGGAAUUAAAGCAUUAAUUGAUCGAUUGAUUUGUA